AUGCUGAGUUUCACCAGAACAAGAAGUCAGCAGAGGUCCAAUAGAUCCAUGUCUUUAGGCGGCAUGGAUUACGCAGACCCCAAGAAGAAGAACAAUUUACUCGGAAAAAUCAUGAUGGUUUCGGCUCUUACAGCUUUAUGCAUUCUUAUGCUAAAAAAAUCCCCAAAUUUCAACACCCCCAGCCAAUUCUCGAGUCAUGACCCGGAUGUGACUCAUGUCUUAGUAACAGGUGGUGCUGGAUAUAUUGGUUCACAUGCUGCAUUACGGCUUCUGAAGGAUUUCUAUCGUGUGACAAUAGUGGAUAAUCUCUCACGUGGAAAUCUCGGUGCUAUUAGUGUUCUACAAAAUCUUUUCCCUGAACCUGGGAGACUUCAGUUUAUCUAUGCCGAUCUUGGUGAUGCAAAAGCGGUGAACAGAAUCUUUUCGGAAAAUGCAUUCGAUGCGAGAAGUUAUUCUCUCUUUCCCUUUCUUCUACUUCGCUUCUGCAUCACCUGCAAGAAAGCAACUGGGGUUGCCAUAAAAGUCGAGCUCCUUCCCAGGCGACCUGGCGACUAUGCAGAAGUAUACAGUGACCCGACCAAAAUCAAGAUUGAACUCAACUGGACAGCAAAAUACACUAACCUUCAACAAAGUCUUCAGGUUGCGUGGAGAUGGCAAAAGGCACACCUUAACGGGUAUGAAACGACCCCUCUAUUGGUGUCAGCGUAA